UUUCGUCGUUACCGAAUUCCAGAGAGGCUAUCUCGGAGGUCACAUAAUUACUUUUAAUUUUAAAAGAGUGAAACACAUUUGCAAAAAGCUUACAAAUGUUUCCAAACUAGGGAAUUUUGCCCAACCUUUAAUUGAGUAAACAAUAAAGAGGAGGAAAAACUUUUUGCAUCAGAGAAUUAACAAAAGUGUGACAGAUCCUCGAUUUUUGGUUUGUAUAUGUGUUAAAUGUACAUAAAUAUGGCCAAGUCGGAUUUUCAUUGAACAUGUCACACAACCUUUAAAACAGAAAUAAUAUCGCAAUAAGUAAAAUGUGGCACGAAGCAAGACGGCAGGAACGUAAAAUUAGGGGCAUGUUAGUAGAUUAUCGGAAAAGGGCAGAAAGACGUCGAGAUUUUUAUGAAAAAAUUAAAGCUGAUCCAACACAAUUCUUACAAGUUCACGGGAGACAAUGCAAAAUUCACUUGGAUCCUGCUAUAGCUUCUGCUGCGGACAGCGCUGUAAUGAUGCCUUGGCAGGGUCAGACUGAUAAUCUGAUAGAUCGUUUUGAUGUAAGAGCUCAUUUAGACCACAUUCCACCCUUAAGGAAGGAAGAAGGCAUGGAACUCACUCAAGAGGAGAGACACUUAAAUUAUGAGAGAUAUAGGAUAGUUGCUCAAAAUUCUUAUUUGGGAAUUUCGGAAGAAAAGUUUCUAAAGCAACUUCAUUUGGAAGAACAGUUUGGUUAUACAGAAACUAAAACGAAGAAGGAGUCAAAGGGCACUGGUGCUGCCAUAGGGUUUAACUAUGAGGAAGGCACAGCCGUAGCAAUGCCAUCUCAGGAUUCAGUUGAUGAUAAUUCUGAUGAGUACAAUUCUGAUAGUGAUUUGGACGUCGAUUUAGCUAUAAAUGUUUCCAAAAUCGAUUCCACGCAGGCUCAUGAGAUGAACAAACAUGGUCGUAAUUUUGGAAUGGCCGGCAAUGAUUUCUACUCUUUCUUGACUAAUGAUCUGGAAGAAGCAGAGACGUUUCGGUUAGCUAAAGAAGAGGAACAUGAGAAAGCCUUAUUUUCUGGAAGAAAGUCCCGAAGAGAGAGAAGAGCACAUCGUGAAAAAAGAUUAGCAAACAGAACUAUCAGCCCACCUAGCUAUGCAGCUAGGGAUACAACAACACGCUUAUCUCUUAGAGAUGAGAGUAAAUCUCCAUCAAAAUCCCCGUCACCUGAUGCAGGCAAAAUUACUUACAUCACAUCAUUUGGUGAUGAUGAAGAAGCUCCCUCAAGCAGCAGAACCACAACUUAUGCGGAUAAAGUAAAAUAUGGCAAAUCGAGAAAGCAGGAACUAAGUGCUGGUAGACCCGGGUAUUAUAAUAGAAGAUCCGGCAGUAGGGAAGUGUCUUAUAAAAGAAGAAGGAAGUCAAGAAGUUGGUCAAGAACCAGAAGAAGUUGGUUCGGUAGGAAUAGAAGCGGGUCUCGUUCUAGAAAUGGUAGGUUCAAGUCUAGAAGAAGCAUAUCUAAGACCAGAAGAAGCCGAUCAAGGUCAAGGAGAAGCAGGUCUAAGAGUUAUUCAAGAUCGAGAUUCACAAGAAGUAGAUCCAUUGGUAGAAAGAGCAGAAGCAGAUCCAAUGAUGGGUCUUUGCACUCAACAUCAUCGGCUUCCUCAUCUUCAGACUCCAGCAAAUCAAAAUCGUCAUCCAGAUCCCUAUCAAAAAAUAGUAACAGAAGCCCGAAUAAAAGUCCCUCAGUGAAAAAGGAAAUAUCGCCCCCUGCACCACCACGUAUAAUGCCAAGGUAUUACGGUCGUAAAAGAAGCGAUCAAAGUUCAUCGGAAUCAGACAAUUCAGAGGAAGAGAAAAUGGAUGUUGAUUUGGCCGAUAAUAUGGCCUCUGGUGACUCUAAGUUUGGACAUGGUAAUAAUUCAGGCACUGAGAUCAAAAAAACCUCAAAUUUGUCCGUUAUGGAACGACUUAGAAGAAAGAGACAAGCAUUGAUUAAUAAGCAAUUUAAAAAAGACAAAAUUGCAGAAGAGCUCAAAGCGGAACGCGAAAAACAGGAACAACAAACCAGGGAAGACGAACUUAGAGAAAUGGCGAUAAAAUUAAGGAAGCGCCAACGAGAGAAGCGUCAUGCUUAUGAUAGCAAUAGAAGUUCGGAUUCCUCUGAUUCUGAUAAGAGUAACAGCUCCAAGCACCGUGACAAAAGUGAGUCCCCCAAAAAUAGAGAAAAGGAUUUGAGAAAGUAUGAUAAAGAGAAUAGCAGAGGACUUAAGGAUAGAAGUCGCAGCAAAGAAAGGAGUAGGAGGACUAGUAAUGACAGGGAUAGGAGAUCAUCUUCCAGAAAUAGAAGGCAGAGAGAGAAGGAAGGAAGGCGGGAAAGAAGCAGAGAACGAGAAAGAAAAUUAGUGGAUUAUUAAUAUGUUAUGAAUCAUAGGUUAUUUUUCAUUGUUAUAAUUGUGAGCAUUUUAAAAAAUUUCAAACAAUUGGAGAAAAAUCAAAUUUUGGAUAAUCUUUUAUUAAAUCACAAACCUAAAGAUAUUAUGUAUUAAAAUAAAAUCCUUAAAAUA